AAAUCUGGCAAAAUUCUCGAAUUUUCUCUUAAUUGAACGCAAACAGAGUCAGCGAGUAUAAAAGGCCAAUGCAUACCGUCAGUCGUCACAUUUAAGUACAAGAGAUCAAAGUGAGAAGUUAUUUUUAAAGCGAAAAAGUUAAAGUGAAUUUUUAAAUUCUAACUAAAAAGUAUUUAAAAGUUGCAAACAAUAAAAGAAAGUAAUUGAAUAAUUAACAAUUUAAGUGAAUCAAAAAAAUAAAAUAACAACUGAAAACAAAAUGGUAGCAAUUGGUAUUGAUUUGGGUACAACAUACUCCUGUGUUGGUGUAUUCCAACAUGGUAAAGUGGAAAUCAUAGCCAACGAUCAAGGCAAUCGCACAACACCCAGUUAUGUUGCCUUCACAGAUUCGGAGCGUCUUAUUGGUGAUGCGGCCAAGAAUCAAGUUGCCAUGAAUCCACAGAAUACAGUAUUCGAUGCAAAACGUUUAAUUGGCCGCAAAUUCGAAGAUCAAAAGAUUCAGGAUGACAUGAAACACUGGCCCUUCAAAGUGGUAAAUGAUUGUGGAAAGCCAAAGAUUUCAGUAGAAUUUAAGGGGGAACAAAAGAAAUUUGCUCCCGAGGAGAUUAGUUCCAUGGUGCUGACAAAAAUGAAGGAGACAGCUGAAGCGUUUCUAGGCACAACAGUGCGCGAUGCAGUCAUUACAGUGCCAGCCUACUUUAAUGAUUCCCAGAGACAAGCCACCAAAGAUGCUGGAGCCAUUGCUGGUCUUAAUGUAUUAAGAAUCAUCAACGAACCGACAGCAGCUGCUUUAGCUUAUGGCCUGGACAAAAACUUAAAGGGUGAACGUAAUGUUCUAAUCUUUGAUUUGGGUGGUGGCACUUUUGAUGUUUCCAUUCUCACCAUCGAUGAGGGUUCAUUGUUUGAGGUACGUGCUACAGCUGGCGAUACUCACUUGGGUGGUGAAGAUUUUGACAAUCGUUUAGUCAAUCACUUUGCCGAAGAGUUCAAACGUAAAUACAAAAAGGACCUGCGUACGAAUCCCAGAGCUUUACGUCGCCUAAGAUCAGCAGCUGAACGUGCUAAACGUACUUUAUCAUCCAGUACUGAGGCUACAAUUGAGAUAGAUGCUCUGUUCGAGGGUGUGGAUUUCUAUACUAAAAUAAGCCGAGCUCGUUUUGAAGAAUUAUGUGGCGAUUUGUUCCGCAACACUUUGCAGCCUGUAGAGAAAGCCUUAAAUGAUGCUAAAAUGGAUAAGAACCAAAUCCACGAUAUUGUCUUAGUAGGUGGUUCUACACGUAUCCCUAAAGUCCAAAAUCUACUGCAACAAUUCUUCUGCGGAAAAACUCUCAACUUGUCCAUUAAUCCUGAUGAAGCUGUGGCCUAUGGUGCCGCCAUUCAAGCAGCUAUUCUCAGUGGCGACAAGAGCAGUGCCAUACAAGAUGUUUUGCUAGUAGAUGUGACACCUCUUUCAUUGGGCAUUGAAACAGCUGGUGGUGUAAUGACUAAAUUAAUUGAACGCAACAGUCGCAUACCCUGCAAACAAUCCAAGACCUUUACCACAUAUGCUGACAAUCAACCAGCUGUAACGAUACAGGUCUUUGAAGGUGAACGAGCCCUGACCAAAGACAACAAUCUUCUGGGCACCUUCAAUUUAACUGGAAUACCGCCAGCACCUCGUGGGGUUCCUAAAAUAGAUGUUACAUUUGAUUUAGAUGCUAAUGGUAUUUUGAAUGUAACAGCCAAAGAAAUGAGCACUGGUAAUGCCAAAAAUAUUGUCAUCAAAAAUGAUAAGGGUCGCUUGUCCCAAGCCGAAAUAGAUCGUAUGGUCCGUGAAGCUGAACAAUAUGCAGAUGAAGAUGAAAAACAUCGUCAACGUAUAGCAGCACGCAAUCAAUUGGAAGCUUAUGUAUUCAAUGUCAAACAAUCUACCCAAGAUGCAGGCGAUAAAAUCCCCAAAUCCGAUAAAGAUCGUGUCAUGGAGAAAUGUGAAGAAACCAUUAAGUGGUUGGACAACAAUACCACCGCUGAAAAAGAAGAAUACGAUUACAAAUUGGAGGAAUUAACUAAAUUGUGUCAACCCAUUAUGACAAGACUACACCAGCAGGCUAGUGGUGGAGCUGCUGGCCCGCAAGCAGGUCCUGGUUGUGGUCAACAAGCUGGAGGUUUUGGUGGUCAAAAUUAUGGUUGCCCAACUGUGGAGGAAGUAGAUUAAAAAAUUUAAUUUAUUAUUUUAUUUAAGCAUUUUUUAUUUGAAGAGACUGAAUUUAUGAAUUCGAAUAAGUUUAAAAAUUACUAAUUUAUUUACUGAAAUUUAUUUGUUUUAAGUGUUAACUUAAUUUUAAUAAGUUUAUGUAUACGUAUUAGUUUUUAAGUUAAUUAUUUUAAGAAAAUUUCCAGAUAUUUUCUUAAAUAUAU